CCCGCAGCAGGGUGGGUUGAGCGGCCGGGUAGGGACCGCGGACAGCUCCGCUCCGAGGGGCAGAGCAGCACCGGAGGAGGAGAGGGCUGGAUAUGGAGGAUCCACCGCACAGGCCCGUCUGAUCCGCAGUAACCCACACAAAGGAGCUGGAGGACGGGGAGACCCUGCUGGGAGGCACCGGUUCUGACCCAUCCCGGAGGAGGAGCAGGAGGAGACCGAGGAGAGACGAUUCCGCUCCGCCUGAUGGACUGAGAGGACAGAUGAAUGAAGGCUGCCUACACUAACGCCUAUCGAUGCCUGGCCAAGGACCUGGACGCUUACGCCAUGAACGCGGACAUGACAAUGGACGGCCUGGGCAGCCUGCACGGGGGGGUGGCCCCUGACGCGGAGCUGAUGAGCGGCUCGUCCGGCCUGCGGAUCCACCAGGAGCUGGCGCCCCGGCCGGCCAUGGUGUCCGGGAUGAUCCUGGAGGGCAGCGGGGAGUACCGGCCGGAGCUGUCGCUGCCGCUGCACCACGCCAUGAGCGUCCCGUGCGACGCGUCCUCCCCCGGGAUGAGCGGCACCUACACCACCCUCACCCCGCUGCAGCCGCUGCCGCCCAUCUCCACCGUGUCCGACAAGUUCCACCACCACCACCACCACCAGCGGCUGUCCGGGAACGUCAGCGGCAGCUUCACCCUGAUGCGGGACGAGCGGGGUCUGCCGGGCAUGAACAACAUCUACACCCCCUAUAAGGACCACAUGUCCGGGAUGGGUCAGAGCCUUUCCCCGGUGCUGGGCAACGGCCUGGGCUCCAUCCAUAACACCCAGCAGGGGCUCCACAACUACGGCUCCGGCGCGCACGGAACCCACGACAAGAUGCUCAACUUCGAGCACCACCAGCACCGAGGCCUCGGCGGCCCGCCGGCCGGGAUGAUGCCGCACCUGAACGGCAUGCACCACCCGGGACACCACCCCCACCCGCACCUCCAGUCUCCGUCCCACGGGCAGGUGUUGGCUUCCACGCGGGAACGGCCGCCCUCCUCCUCCUCCUCGUCGGGGACGCAGGGAGGCAGCGGCUCCGGGCAGCUGGAGGAGAUCAACACCAAGGAGGUGGCGCAGAGGAUCACCGCGGAGCUGAAGAGGUACAGCAUCCCGCAGGCCAUCUUCGCCCAGAGGGUGCUGUGCCGCUCGCAGGGGACGCUGUCCGACCUGCUGAGGAACCCCAAACCCUGGAGUAAACUAAAGUCCGGCCGGGAGACCUUCAGGCGGAUGUGGAAGUGGCUGCAGGAGCCCGAGUUCCAGAGGAUGUCUGCGCUCAGGCUGGCAGCAUGCAAGCGGAAGGAGCAGGACAACGGCAAGGAUCGCAACAACACACCAAAGAAGUCGCGGCUGGUCUUCACCGACCUGCAGCGGCGCACCCUGCUGGCCAUCUUCAAGGAGAACAAGCGGCCGUCCAAAGAGAUGCAGCUCACCAUCUCUCAGCAGCUGGGCCUCGAACUCACCACAGUCAGCAACUUCUUCAUGAACGCCCGCCGCCGCAGCCUGGACAAAUGGACGGACGACGGCGCCAGCCCCGGAGCACAGUCCUCGGCGUCCAGCACUUGUACCAAAGCAUGAUGGGGGAGGGGGGGAAACCGCAGAGGGAGGGGGGUGCGAGAUGGAAAAGCAAAGUUUUUCCAGGAUUUUCCUUUUUCUUUCCCUGAGGGUUCAGAGAGAGGGGCUGCUCACUGCCACGACUUCCAGCCAAACCGCCUUCUGCAAAUUUAAACUAAACACAUAGAAAACGCUGGAGGCUAAACUCAUUAAAAACAUACAAAACCUCACGUCGGAGGGGGGGGCACCCCCCUUCAACUGCUGAUGUCUCCUUUAGGACGAGAGGCUGAAACACGAGCCCAGAAACCAAAGACUAGAAGACAAAGAGUGUUUUCUAAUAUGCAAUAUAAGCUAAGAAAGGAAACCGAACCGGGAAGCGUCAUGACUGCAGAAUGGGUCGUUUUCCGGCGGUUCUAGUCCAGGUUCAAAGACGUAUCACGAGUCGGGGGUGUAGAAACGGAUCGGUCCGAGCCGAGCAAUAGACCGUUCGGUCACCCAAUGGAUCUUUACUUCCACCAAACCAAAACCAAAGAAACCGCCGCCGCUCCCAGCGUUCAGAGAGCCGCCGGCGCCGAACCUUCAGGUGGCCAAAAUAUGCAAGCACAACGACCCGGCCCGCAGUCCAGCUUCGUGGCUAACAGAACCUAACGCGUACGUGAGCACAAUCCCGAAGCACAUUCUUUUCUUUGCAAUAGAACCGGAGCAGACGGCCGACCCGAGUGGGCUUCGCAUCUUAGAAAACUCAGGAUGCCAUUUUUUUUCUAAACAGUGGCCGAAGUCCAUUCGGUACCGACCCGACAUGUAGCCAGGCCCUCCAAAGCGUCCAAACCGAGACGUUUUCUGGACAAACUUUCUGUUAAAUAUCGGCUGAUUCCGAUCGACCCUCCGUAAAGGUCUGGAAUCGGUGUUUCCUGCUGAUAUAACCGAUCCGAUAUCAGCUGAACCCAGCGGAGGACUGACUCCCCAGGCGGAUCAGGGCCUUUGUAAUAGUUAAAGAGGACAAUCUAAAGACGAUGCCUGGCGGCUCCGUCCUUCCUGAGGGUCAGCGGGACGGAAGAAGAUUAAAAACAAAUAAAUCACCUUUAGCCAUGAAUUCAGAUAAAUUAUCGCAGAUUUAACGACGUUUAUGGCCGGUCGGAACGUCCGUCGAUCGAACAACCUGAGCAACCACAGCCCCCCAGCUCCGCUUCAGACGUUCAUCCAUCCAACUUCACCUCAAUCAUCUUUCACUCGAAGCUAUGAAACCAAAAAUAAAAAGAAA